CAUGGCCGGCCUUUUAUCUUCCCAAGGGGAGGUGGCCAACCGGUGUUCCAUAAAGUAAAUAGCUGGCCGGCCAGUUUUCCAAAAAGCAGAUAGCUGGCCGGCUAGAAAAGAGGGCCGGCCGGCCAUAUGCCCAAAUCCGGGGGUAUUUUUGUAUUUUCACCUCCUUCCUUCAUGCUUCUUCAACCAAGACCUUGAGCCUAUAAAAGGCAGCCGAGGCCCCUUCCUUUCUUGCCUCCUACAACACUUUUCUUCUCCAGAUCUGAGUUUCCUACGCGUUUUCCAACGCCCCGUGCAAAUUAUUUUCGCAAAAAUAUUCAGUUUCAAGCACUUUGAAGCGAUUAAAUUUCGGUUUCGGAGCUUCUUUUCGCAUUUUCGCCACUUGAGGUAAGUUUGUCUCAAUAUUUGGAAGAUUUUCGCGGGAGUUGACUUUUGUUGACUUUUUCAUUUCCCGAGAGUUGACUUUUGUUGACUUUUUCCAAUUUCGGCUCAUUUUGCUCAUUUUUGCUCCCUUUGCAGAUCUUUUGAAAAUGGCGGGUAAUUCUCCCCACGGCGGAGGUUUUCCAGGUGCCGGAGAUGAUUUUGAUCCCAUGACUCUCCCCCCAAGGACCCGACCUUUUAUUCCUGGGAGGUACCGUCCGCCAGCACAUGUCCUCCCUCAUGCUGUCUUCCGUCACUUUACUAGCUUUGACGAGCGAGCACCCGGGGAUCUGCUUCUCCGAGAGCCGGAGCAUCACCUCUCUCAUGAGGCCCGAGAGCUAUGGGUUUAUGUAUACUUCCCAUCAUUAGCCCCAGAGCUGGAGGUGGUAGGGAUUCCCGUGACCCCAUAUUCAUUGAUAUUCGAGGGCCCGCACCGACCGAGACCUCGAGAGACCCUCCUUCGCCUGCGACAGUACUUCGACACUAUGCGACACUCAGAGGUACUUCAGAACUUUCAGUUCUUUUCAUUUUCAUCUUUGAUUUGCUCUGUACAUUCUGAUUUCUGAUCAGUUUACGCAUUUGUCAUCCGCAGAUUACAUGGCAGCCCUGGGUGUCCCUGGGUGAUGGUCU